GCUAGCCUCCUCAAGGAUGAUGUCCUUCAACCCCAACCUCAGCGCAUUCCUGUCUCCCAUGCACCUGAUGUUCUUCCAGACAGUGUGACUAAAUUUCUCGCUACUUCUCUCAACAUGUCAUCCAAUGCAGUUGAUAAUCUGUGGUACAUUGUGAAGGACCUUGUCUGGGAGCUGCUAAUGAGUGCUGAGGCAAGCACUGAAGAUGAAGUUGUGUUCAGGCUCCAUGGCCAUAAGAUAGGACUUGUGGGAUGCACACUAUAUCCACCAGUCAAGACUUGCAUCAACCAUGGCUGCACCACAUGGCAGCAUGGCACACUGCUGAAGAAAGAGGAACAGCGCUGGAUUAUCAUAUUUACUCAUAGCGAGGGUGCAAAGCCUGGCUGGACAGUGCACUUGAAGUGUUGA